GGAGCUAAUUCUUGCUAGCUCGUAUUUUCACUCGGUUUCCCAGCAUGCUUUGCUUUAUUGUAUCGUUGCUCGGGGUGACAUAUGAGAGAGAGAGAGAGAGAGAGAGAGAGAGAGAGAGAGAGAGAGAGAAAGAAAGAGAGAGAGAGAGAAGGACACAGGCGCUCUCUACUGUCUGAGGAGAACAGAAAUCCCAGCGACCGGAGAUACUGACAGAAUAAAAAUAAACAAUAUGUCGCUCCGUCUCCGUGUUCGGAAACACACUCUUACGCCGUGAAUAUAGAAGCUUCCAACCUGAGGAUGUCGUGACAGAAAAAGAAAGAGAGAUAAGCAAGAGGUGGGGAGUUGAAGGAGCCGAAAAGGAAGGUGGAGUGAAGGAAACGAAAAAGGUGGAGAGGUGAAGGUGGAAAAAGGACAAGAAGUGAAAUAGAAGGUGCAAAUAUUCAGAGAAAAAAAAAAGGAGGUGGAGAGGUGAAGGAGCAAAGAAGGAGGUUGGAGAUUUGAAGGAGCCAAAAAUAGUAGGUGGAGUGAAGGAAAAGGGAGGUGGAGAAGCAAAGAAAAAAAAAGAAGGUGGAGAGUUAAAGUAGCCUAAAAAAGGAGGUGGUGUGAAGGAAAUGGAAAAAGGUGGAGAGGUGAAGGAGCCAAAAAAGAAAGGAAGUGAAAUCGGAGGUGCAAAUGUGAAGAGAGCUGAAGGAGCGAAAAAGGAGGUGGAAAGUGAAGAGGCAAAAAGGAGAUGGAGAGAUGAAGGAGAAGAUUGAAGCGUUAGAAAAGGAAUUUUCCGGAGAGUUCUGGGGCUUGUAUGUCCCAUAGCUUUGGUGGGUGUCUGUGUGUGAGUGUGUGUGAGUGAGUGUGUGUGUGUGUGUGUGUGCGCGCUUGCGUGUGUGAGCGUGUGAGCUGGUCAUCAUGGCCUCCGAGAAUGUGACCUUGGAGAAUCAGCUUCACAGUGCGCUGAAGAACCUGCUGUUCCUGCAGCAGGACCACGCCGACACGCUGAAGGGGCUCCAUGCGGAAAUACGCCGCCUGCAGCAGCACUGCACUGAUCUGACAUAUGAGCUGACGUGCCGGAGUUCUAAUCCGAACGACGAUGGCGAGGCACGUUGCAGAGAGCUCCAGCAUCGCUGUGAGGAGCUGGAGGAGCAGCUGAAGGCCAAAGAGCAGGAGAACAGCGAGCUGAUGCGUGAGCUUGAGCAGAAGAACGCCAUGAUCUCGGUGCUGGAGAACACGAUCCGCGAGCGCGAAAAGAAGUACCUGGACGAGCUGAAGCUCAAGAGCCACCGGCUGGCCGUGUUAUCCGGGGAGCUGGAGCAGAGAGCCGGCACCAUCGCCUUCCUCACCGCACAGCUCCACGCCACCAAGAAGCGGCUUCUAGAGGGCGGAGCCGCCUUCAAACCGUCCCCGCCGGCCGAGCCUCGGCUCGACUCGCCCACCCACGGAGCCGGCAAGCAGCCGGACACGCCGCGCAGGCGCAUGCGCAAGAGCCUGUCACAGCCGCUGCACUGCGAGUACACCGAGCUCUACAGGGUGGGCGCGGCCGACGGUCGCAGAAUCGUCCUUAGAGACGCCGCAGGAAUGAUGCCCGACCCCGCACCCUUCCUGCAGGCCCGAGACACGCCCUCUAACACCGACGCGCAGCCAGUGUUGCGCGAACGCCCCCCUGUAAUCCCGCCCAUCGUGUCCGCAACAAGCCCCGCCCAUGCUCUAGUGCCUCCGAGCCCCAGGCAGCAACGGAGCCCCGCCCACGUCGGAGUGGCGCACAGGAUUCAUCACCCACCUGCAGAAGUGGAGACGCUCGCUGUGGAUCAGGUUAGCGGAGAGAAGGUGGUGCGUAAACCAUCAGGCACUGACAGAACUGUUUAACACACACACACACACACACACACACCUCGACAGUGUCUUACACUCACACUGAUUACAGCCAAUACAGUAUGAGCAGAACUGAAAAGAAAACACAUACACAAGCAGUCUAUACAAAUCACACUAUAUAUCUCAGUACUAUAACACUGGAAUAAUUCAUGUAGCUACACACACACCGGACGACACACACCGGGACGUACUCCAGCUUCACGGGACGGCGAUGUAAACAGGAGAACGGACGGAUAAGACUUAACGAGACGGGAGUAAAGCAUCAUCCUCUCUAUAUCCCGCUGUUUACUGUUUAUGCAAAACUGCGACACGCAAGAACACGCGGAUUUUUUUUCAUGCUCUGUUCUUUGGAAACGAGUGUACGCAUGCCAAAUGUUUCACUUCCCUUACCUCAUUCACACUGUAAACGUUUGCUUUCUGUCAUCAUAUGGUUCACCCUAUUUUUUCUGCCCUCUCCCCGCCCCCCCCCUCAUAAAACGAACUCAGUAUACGCAGCCAAGUCUCGUCAUCGCUUUUCAUUAUAGACGCAUAUUUAUUGACGCGCACUGCGCUAGUAAAGCAGGUUUGCACUGUCCUUCUGUACAGCUCGUUCACAUUACUGUAAACUCCUGCUGCUUUCCCAAUCUCAAACAUAUAAAGCAAGUGAUCAAACAAAAUAAAACUGGCUUUGUGGAG